AUCUGCCUGACAGCUGCUGCAUGUUUAUUUUCAUUUCAGUUCGAUCAGCUGUGUUUGCGAAACGCAGCUUUUUUCCCUCUCCCAGUAGACGGGUUUAUCGAUCGGUGAGACAAAAGGUUCACUUUUUGGUGCUAAAUAAUGCGCUAAUCAAUCGAAACUGCUGAAUCAUCGGAAGACAUUUGCAGAUUAAAGAUAGUCAUGUCGCAGUGUAUGCUACGGUUGUACCGUUCCGGAUCCGGGCUGCAGUAUUUGAUGCCUGGAUUUGCCCGUGCAUGUAUGUACAGCAUCGAUUCAUCUGGAGGAUCUGGAGAAGUCCCUCCUAAUCAAGGUGGUUCCGGUAAUGGUAGCGGACCAAGUAGCAAGGGCUACGUUCGGAAUACCACCAUUCUUGUGCAACAAGGUUGCGAUAUUCAAGAGCUUCCGGUGGUUGUAAGGAAAGUAGCUGAAGAUGAAUUCGUAGCCCUUAUUUCAAAUAAGGUAAUAGACAGCCAACCAAUCGAAAAGAAACCCGACAGCACUGAUGAGAAAGAUAAAUCAAAUGCCAUUCAACAGCAAAGCGAAAUUUAUAAAUUAAUUGAGGCGUGUCAUACCGCGCAAGGAAUUUUUUCCGUCCUGGAAGGCUUGAAUGAAAAAGAAAAGACUCAUGAUGUAGCUACCAGGGCAAUAGAGAAAAUCCUUAAAGUCGAGAGUUUGUUAGAACUCAAAAAUUUAGAAGGAACGGCACACUUUGAAAAAAUUGUUAAUUGCAUUGUGUACCAAGGCGAUAACAAAACAGUGCUGGAAACUUUGGACAGCUUGCGUAACUAUAUGGAAAUGGCAAAAACAAUCGACAUGCUCGGCAACGAGUUGGUUUACCGAUGCUCAGAAAACAAACUUUCGGUGGAGCAAUGCUGCGAAAGCAUCGAGUGUCUCACGCAAUGUAAACGGAAUGAAAUGGUUGAAAAGUUUUGGAGUGGAAUUGCGGACCAGGAAAAGCAGAUAGACGAGAAAAAUAUUCACUUGGUUUUCGCAAUAUUACCCUAUUUAAAAAUUAGUCGCCGAGCUGUGCUGAACGUGUUGGAACGACGGAUUCCAGCUGUUUGGUGGCAAAUGACCGCCAACAGCUCGAUUGAUGUGUUACAAUCACUCGAGGCUAGUAAAUUGUCACCUUUUCGAGUGACUCAAACCUUGGGCCGAUGGCUUAACACCAACAUUCAUGCGGUCGGUGAAGACCAACUGGAGGCGGUUUUAGAUUCCUUCACCAAUCUCAGCUACACGGAUUCUCAAAUCGAACGAGCCUUAGAACGCUACAUGAAAGCAAAGGGGAUUAAAGUUACCUCACAGAGCCUAGUCGUCACCAUUUUAAAGCAUUGUCAGACAUUUCAACUGAGGAACCCGCAUAUCCUGAACUCCUGCAGCGAAUUUUUUAUUGCCAAUCACAAGAACGUAGAUCCUGGCUAUUUGAAAUCACUUCUUUGUCCUUUCGGAAACCUCGACUACCAACCACCCAACAACAUUAAAUUUUGGAACACGGCAGACAUGUAUCUGGAUUUGAACUUCACCAAAAUCCAUCCAAUGGACAUUAUUGACAUCAUGUUCUGUUACAUCUGCCUGGAGCGAUAUCCGCUGGCCUUCGUGAAUCGAAUUUUUAAUCCCUACUUUUUGGAUGUCCUUCACGCCAGAACGCGCCCGGAACGAAUCGAUCGGGUUCGCGGUUUGCUAAAAGUAUUCGACACAAGUCUAACGCUGGAAUGUGCUGAGUACGAUGGGCCACUAUUGCCACGAGAUCGAUCGGCAAAAACGCUUUUCUACGAUGGAAGGAUCAAGCGAAUCUGCAACUACAUUACUCCGGAGCUGGAGGAAUUGGCUGGUGGGCCGGAUCGGAUGACCAAGUACGUUAUCCUGCAACACAUGCCGCUCAAUGAGUUGUACGUUGUGGAUGUUAUGUUUCAUCCGGCCGGGAUGGGUAACCUUUUCUCGCUCAACAUAAUGAAGGAGCGGGACAUUAACGUUGCUUUGUUGGUGCACCUGCCAGAGUAUUACAACAGUACCGGCGAGUAUCUGGUGGGACCACAGGCUAUGCGCAUUCGCCACCUGAGGAGACUGGGAUUGAAGGUGGUUACCCUAAGGUUUGAUCUCUUGUACAAGCUCAAAAUGCAUCCUAAAGAGUUGCGUAAAUAUCUGAUAGAACGAAUGAAGCUGGCUAUGGAUGCUUUGCCGAUAAUUGCAAAAGGUGGAAGUCCAGAGAAGAAAAACGGCCCAAAGUAGCUUGACAAUGUGAUAUGGUCUCAGUGUGGAGUUACGGAAUCAACAAACUCCGUUCACUAAGAUUGAAAAGACUGCAUAAUGUUCGUAGAAACAUAACACUGUGUGUUUUUGUAGACACUAGAGGUAAUAUGUUUUAGAUUUUAGUAGUCAAAUAAUUUGAACGUUGUUUC